AUGGGAGACACAGCACCAGCCAGAGCAGGAUGCUGCUCUCUGCUGCUGCUCCCCCUGCUGGGGCUGUGGGUGGCCCAGGUCCCAGUCAGCGCCAAGCCCAAACACAUGACCUCAGCUCAGUGGUUUGAAAUUCAGCAUGUGCAGCCCAGUCCCCAGGGAUGCAAAGGAGAGAUGGACAACAUCAACAAGCACACAAAACACUGCAAAGGCCUCAACACCUUCCUGCAUGAAUCCUGCUCCAGUGUGGCCGCCACCUGCCAGACCUCCGUCACAGCCUGCAAGAACGGCCAUAAAAGCUGCCACCAGAGCGAAGAGCCUGUGUCCCUGACCCAGUGUGAGCUCACCUCGGGAAAGUACCCAGCCUGCAGGUAUAAAGAGAAGCAAUUGGACGCACUCUUCAUUGUGGUCCGUGACCCUCCACAACAGAAGGAUGACCUGAGGUACCUGCUGUUUCCUGUGCCCUUGGAUAAUGUUGUCUAA